CUCAUCCCUUGGCUGAGUUAUUCGUUCAUAUCAGCAACCCACGCUCCCGGCGUUCGUGAACUUCGCAAUGUUUUCAUCUUCGGGUCUCUGUGAAAUGUGCCAGCCGCCAUGCUGGAUCUCAAUGGGCCAUUUGGCCGGGAAGCUCAGAUGCAACGUCCUCGAAAUCUCAGAGGGACAAAACUGUAGAUGAGAUCACCUCCAAGUCUGUGGAUCUGCUACCAAGCAACGUCCUGUUGGCAUCACUUCUAUCCGCCCAUGCGAGUAAAAGUUUCAUCGCCAGGCUUGAGCCGGCUCAACUUAGACCCCACCGGUAGGCUAGGCCACCCCCCUCUUCGUUUUUCUCAACUGCCUCAUCGGGUUGGACCGAGGGCUGGCUCAUCUCUCGCCCCCCUCACAAAUCUCAAGAGCACGGGCAGAAGGUCCGAAUGCGCUGCCGCAAACGAUCCGUUUCAAGCUUGCAGUUGCAGCGCCCCGCCUCCCGUGCCUUGCUCAAUGCUGUCACACUUCCACUGCCGGUAUGUCAUCUUCUCAUGUCUAACAACUCAAUCCCGAUCUUGUUCAUCUGGGCCAUCGUGAACGAAACGAUAGUCAGUUAUCUUUAAAAGACCUCACCCACCCCAUCAGUGCGUGGAAUAUCAGCUCCUCGUUGCACUGCAAGUACUUGCGACGCAGUUUCCAUUGCAACCAUCACGCAUUCAACCCAACCAAUCCUCUAUCAUCCGGUGCCGCGCUUCCGAACCGACGUUUCUGGUUCUGAACCAAACCAGGCAGGUAACAAAUCAUCAGCCUGACUCGCCAAGCGAAGAUCAAGUCUUCCCAAGUGACAGCUCGCACCACUUGCUACUCAUUCAUAACUCAGAGCUUCUCCCGUUGCACAUUCGAUAUGGAGGCACUUCUCCAAGCUCAAGCCAAGUUCAAAGCGGACAAGGGUCUCGCCAAGAUUUCGGCUGUCCCAAACGAAAAUUACAAACGCCAUGGUACAAAGUCUUAUGUCUAUCUCCUGAACAAGUUCAAGUUUGAGCCGACCAAACCGGGCCCCUAUGUUCAAACACGAAGGAUGGCUCAGAGGGGACUCGCGGCACCUGGUUUCAACGCUCCAGUCGGCGGCCGAGUCUCCAUGAAGCAGGUUCUCAUGAAAAAGGCCGAGGAUGACCAGCACGGAGAAGUCACGGCCGAGGACCAACAAUGCGACUCCAUGUAUCUCUAUGAGAUUUCCAUCGGAACACCACCGCAAAAGUUCAAGUUGGACUUUGACACGGGCUCCUCCGAUCUCUGGGUCUUUUCGACCGAGCUCAGCAGCUCCCUCCAGGGCAACCACAGCAUCUUCAACCCCGCCAAGUCCUCGACGUUCAAGAAGCUCGAUGGCAAGACGUGGAAGAUCUCGUACGGCGACGGCAGCUCGGCCUCGGGCGAUUGCGGCACCGACAACCUCGUCCUCGGCGGACUGACGAUCGAGAAUCAGGUAGUCGAGCUCGCCGGGCAGCUCGCGCCGCAGUUCUCGCUGGGCACGGGCGACGGCCUUCUUGGCCUUGCUUUCAGCUCCAUCAACACAGUGCAGCGCGAGGGUAGUUUCCGUGACCCGCAGACCACGCCCGUCGAUAACAUGAUCUCGCAGCGCGACAUCCCUAAGGACGCGGAGCUUUUCACGUCGGCCUUUUACAGCGAGCGCGACGGUGGCAAGCCGCGUUCGUUUUUCACGUUCGGAUGGGUCGAUGCGGAACUAAUCGAGGCGUCCGGGGAGGAUGUUCACUGGGUGGAAGUUGAUACGGCGCAGGGGUUCUGGAUGUUCCCGUCGGCAUCGGCGAGCGUCAACGGCAAGGCCAUCGUGCGGGGCGGGAACACGGCUAUUGCGGACACGGGGACAACGCUGGCUCUCGUUUCGGACGAGGUCUGCGAGGCGCUGUACAACGGAAUUCCCGGCUCUAGGUAUGACGAUCAGCAGCAGGGCUAUGUAUUCCCAACCAGCACUACGACGAAAGAUUUGCCCGAGUUCAGGAUCGCCGUCGGUGGCAAGGAGUUUGAGGUCCAGAAGGAGGACUUGGCAUUCGCGCCGGCCGGUGACGGGUUUUGGUACGGAGGUGUGCAGUCUAGGGGCUCCAACGCGUUCGACAUUCUGGGCGGUGCGUUCUUGAAGUCGAUUUAUGCGAUCUGGGAUCAAGGGAACACGAGGUUCGGAUGCGUGCCCAAGAUGGGGAAAUCACAAAACCUGGAACCUUCGUCUUCCUGAUGAAGUUGGAACAGAGGACUGUCGACAAUCAGAGCGCUAUAGUACGAUCCGUUGUUAAGAAACCUGGAAAAGAUCCCGAUUGUUGUUUUCUAGCAGGUCUAGAAAGGAAGA